UCCGUUUCCUCGUUUCUAUCUGUGUCUUGAGUCCUUGGUUUCGCUACAAUGGCCGGGGAGGCGCCUCUUCUUCGCAAUAGCUACUGGGUUCUUAGGCAUGGGAAGAGCAUUCCCAACGAGAGAGGUCUCAUUGUCUCUUCUCUGGAAAAUGGUACUUUGCAAGAGUUUGGAUUGGCUCCUGAAGGCAUUGAGCAAGCAAAGUUGGCAGGAGAAUUAUUUAAUAAGGAACUGAAAGAAAAGAAUGUCCUGGUUGAAAAUGUUCGCAUAUGCUAUUCUCCAUUUUCAAGAACAAAGCAGACAGCCAAAGAAGUUGCUGGUGCAUUAGGUAUCCCAUUUGAAGGCGCUCAAUGCAAGGCGAUGGAAGCACUUCGGGAACGUCAUUUUGGACCACUUUUUGAGCUGCUUUCACAUGAUAAGUAUGCAGAGAUAUGGGCACUUGAUGAGAAGGAUCCUUUCAUGUCACCUGAGGGUGGGGAGAGUGUUGCUGAUGUAGCCUUCAGAUUAGCAACUGCUCUGGCCACAAUAGAGUCAGAAUAUGACGGAUGCACAAUUCUGGUCGUCAGCCACGGUGAUCCUCUUCAGAUCUUGCAGACAGUAAUCCAUGCCGCCAGGGAACACUCAUCCUCGAAUGCUGAAAACAUUAUGGCAAGAAUCAAAGGGGUCAUGGUUCAUUCAUUCUUAUCUGGUCACCGAAAGUUUGCAUUGCUCACUGGAGAGCUUCGCCAUGUCUCCUAAAUUUAUUAUUAUUAUUUUUGUAUAGAUCAGACACCCUGUUGAUCAGCAUCAUCCUUAGUUUAUGUUACUGUUUGAGUAGAUUGUUUAUUGAAGACCAAUUUCAACUUC